UAACAAUAGUUUUGUGCCGUUUAUAUAUUCAGAAUGGAGUCAAGAUAUACGUCUAAAACUUAUGUAUUAGAUAAACAUACAAUUGAAGAUAUAGGUACAGCAAUAAUAGAAAGUGGUUUUCAAAAGGAAGCGUUCUUUAUUCAAGAUUUAGAUGAAAUUCGUCGAAGAAUUGAAAAUUUCAAAAAAAUGUUGCCACGCGUUGCUAUCUUUUAUGCAAUUAAAUCAAAUGACAGUGAAACGAUUCUAAAGCUAGCUGCCUCAUUAGGAUUGGGUUUUGACUGUUCGACUCCUGGAGAAAUUUAUAAAGUUCUUAAGCUCGGCGUUCACCCAAAGAGCAUUAUAUUUGCGUCACCAAUCAAAAUGCCUGAAUGGAUGGCUUAUGCUAAGAAAUCUGGGAUUACACAUACUGUAUUUGAUUCAUCUUUUGAAUUGAAAAGAAUUAAGCAAUAUUGGCCGGAUGCAAGGACCCUAAUCAGAAUAAGAGUGGACAGUGAAAGUGUUUACAGAUUGGGCGAAAAAUUUGGUUGUGAUUUUGAAACUGAAGCCAUCCCACUAUUGAAUGAAGCCGCCGAACUAAAAAUAAAGGUUGUGGGUGUCGCAUUUCAUGUGGGUAGCAUCUGCAAUUCAACAGACAGCCAUGCAACUGGUAUACGGCACGCCAGGUCGUUGUUCGAUUAUGAAGCGAGACAGGGCAGAGAAAUGAAAAUUGUCGAUAUAGGCGGAGGAUUUCUGAGUGAAAAAACAACCGAUAUUGAUAAGGUAUCCCAGUUAAUCAACACAUCGUUAGAAGAGUUUUUCCCCGACAAAAACGUAAAAAUAAUUGCGGAGCCAGGAAGAUAUGUCUGCGAUUCCUCUAUGACUUUAUAUUGCAGUAUUAAUACUGUUAAGAGAAUUAAAAAGGAUAACGAAUACAUAAACAUGAUAUAUUUAAAUGAUGGUAUAUAUGGAACGCUGCAAUUUACUGAAUCUUGGCAGACCGUCAGUAAGUUUCAAAAACAAAAAUGUACAAACACAGAAGAAGUACGAGAAAAGACUAUCCUGUGGGGCUACAGCUUGGACUCAAUAGACCGCGUAAUGAAGGAUACAACAGUUCUAUUACCGAGAUGCUGUCCACUCGACUGGCUGGUCUUUCCAAUACGUGGGGCCUACUCGAUCGUCUUUUGUUCUUCUUUCGGAUGUUUCCAGCAGCCCCAAAUACGGCCAGUGGUUUCAAAAGAGCUAUGGUUAAAGAUCAAGGAUAGCCGGGCAUUUCAGAGAAGUGAAUUUGUUGAAAAUCCCGACAUUUCACAACCUUUUUCGUCCGCCAUACCACCUAUCGUCACUACAACGUCUUACAUAGAAGCAACAGCUUCAUUGCCACUUUAAUACGGCGUGAAGAUAUAUUAUUAAUGGUGGAAUGGUAAUCUUACAGCUUACAUAUAUCCAUAUUAAAAAUUGCAACACGUUGAUGAUACACAAAGCCAAAACAGAUUACGUUUCAUAUCAGAUUACAAAUCACCUGCAUCAUGAACAUACUCCACAUACACACAUUCACGUACUUACCCUCACUUUUACACCAUCACAACACAGUCA